AUGUCAGACGAACUAUUGGAAUUAGAUCUUCCGCCAGGCUAUGUUGAAUUACUGCAACAUUUUACUAUUUCCGUGUUACGAUCGAAACCGACCAAUCUGAUUAAUUAUGCAAUUGACUAUUUCACUAAUCUACGCGACGAAGCGGAAGCAGUCGAGCAUUUUUUUCCAACGGGACACAAUCCACCGAUUCUCUUGUUGAAAUCGAAAAGUAACCGGGAGGAUGAGGAGAAGAACAAGUUGGAAUCCAAAGAAAUGUCGACCACAGUAAGUCACUCACCGAGAUUUGAUAGACAUCAGAACGAAAACCUUAAAGAUCAUAAUCAGGAUGAACAAGAAGAAGAAGAAGAAGAACCAAUUGCAUCGAUUCAAUCAGGCCCACCUCGAUUUAGACGAGCAAGUAUUGCCGCGGAACCAUACAAUCCAGAUGAUGCUGGGGACAAUGAUGAGGAAGAAGAAGAACAGGAAAUAGAGGAGGUAGACAAGAAGACACCUGAGCAAUAUGGCCGACUCGUGGAGGUGUGUAAGAAAAUUAUGUUGUUCCGUAAUAUGGAAGAGGAACAGUUGGAGAAGGUGAUUCAUACAAUGACUGAACAAAGAUUUCAACCCGGUGAUAAGAUCAUUGUACAAGGUGAAGAAGGUAAUAACUUCUAUGUGAUUGAUUCCGGCAUCUAUGAGGUCUUCAUUCGGGAUGCUAAUGGCCAAGAUAAAUCGGUGUUUGAAUACCAGAAUGAAGGCUAUUUCGGAGAACUGGCAUUGAUGUACAAUGCUCCACGUUCGGCCACCGUGGUUGCAAAAACCACGGGACGUGUAUGGUCCAUGGAACGGAAACAUUUUCGUAAGUUCAUCAUGUCUCAUGCGGUGCGUCAGCGAAGAGCUUUCAUUCAACUGUUGCAUUCGGUUCAGAUGCUGCAAGAGUUAAGUCCCUACGAGCGAAUGAAUUUGGCAGAUGCAUUGAUCAAGCGAUCCUAUCAGGACGGAGAGUGUAUAAUCCGGGAAGGUGAACCGGGAAGAGAAAUGUAUUUUAUCAUGCAAGGCCGAGUACGCGUGGAACGAAAAGCCACUGAUGGACUUCACACCGCGAUGGGUGAAUUGGGCAAAGGGCAGUAUUUUGGUGAAUUGGCUUUACUGAGCGAUCAGCCUCGGGCUGCUAGUGUGUUUGCUUUGGGCAAAGUAAUCCUGGCCGUUUUGGGUGUGGAAAGCUUCGAGCGACUUCUCGGUCCGUGUGUUGCAAUUAUGCGCCGGAAUACGACACUCUAUGGUAACCCGUCCAAUUAG